AUGGUGGCACGAUGGCACCAGGGAUGCGAUGGCGCCGGGACUCUGGGACAUGAGGGACGUGGUGACACAGGGGAUGUUGGGGACAUAGGGACAUGGGGCGGUGACAGCGGGGCCGGGACCGCCGUGUCCCCACCCACGGUGACAUUCCCACGGUGUCCCCAGCUCUCAGGGUUGGCGCUGCGCGUGGGGAUCCUCUUCUACGGGGGCCACCUUGUCACCGAGGGCCACCUCAGCACCGGCGACCUUGUCACCUGCAUCCUCUACCAGAUGCAGUUCACGGAUGCCGUGGAGGUGCUGCUCUCGCACUACCCCAAGGUGACCAAGGCCGUGGGCGCCUCGGAGAAGCUCUUUGAGUACCUGGAGCGGGUGCCGCGCAUGGCGCCCUCGGGGACGCUGGCACCGCGGGACCUCCAGGGCCACCUGCAGCUCCUCGACGUCUGGUUCUCCUACCCCACGCGCGACAGUGUCCCCGUCACGCAGGGCGUCUCGCUGGAGCUGCGCCCGGGUGAGGUCCUGGCACUCGUGGGCGCCGCGGGCAGCGGCAAGAGCACCCUGGUGGCCCUGCUGCAACGGCUGCAUGAGCCCACGCGCGGCCACCUCCUCCUGGACGGCCGCGAGCUGCACGACUACGCGCUGGCCUUCCUGCGCGCCCAGGCGCGCCCGCAUGCCAUCGAGCUUGGUGGCCUCGUCCCCAUUGACCCCCUUGUCAUUGUCACCCGUGGGAACGCCGGCGAGCUCGGUGGCCUCGUGUCUGGGGGACAGCGCCAGGCGGUGGCCAUCGCGCGGGCCCUGCUGCGUGACCCCCGCGUCCUCGUCCUCGACGACCCCACGAGCGCCCUGGACGUCGAGGCCCAGCUGCAG